CAAUACUUUCUUUUAUUAACAUAACAGAGACUGUUUCUUGAGUUAACAUGACUUCUUGAGUCAUGAGUUCUACAAACGCAUGACCAGUUUGUAGAUUCAAGUUCAAUAUACUUAAAAUCGGGAUAUUUAAUAUUUAAUAUUGGUUCAAUUUUGCAAAAAAAAACUCUACUUGCAAAAAAUGCACGUUGCUGAAUAAGAAAGAAAACAGGUACAAAGAUUUUAACAUUUUGUUAAGUGAAUUUUGUGUAUUUAACUCAAGAGUUAGAUAAGUAGAAAAAACAGAAGCGUUAUCCAGAGCAGCGCCUUGGUGUAAUUCCUGUAACCAGCCAGCAUUUACGUAGGGAUUUCGUGAAAUUUGAGGAGUGGUAUCUUUUAUCGAGCCACCUUGGCAGGGGAUUUUUUGGCAGUUUCGUUAUCAAAGUUUUGGCAUGGAUUGAUUCUGAGGCGUGGUGCAUUUAGGCUUGAUAUAAAGACGCAGUCACAAAUUCAUCAAAGCAGUUCUUUUGAUCUUCAUAUUUUCUCGCUGAGAAACUAAAGGCAGCAAUGAGUCUUUCCAACAACGACAAGGCCAGGGUGAAGGCUCUCUGGGCCAAAGCCGAAGGGAAGUCCGCCGAAUUGGGAGCUGAAGCAUUGGGCAGGAUGCUUGUUGCCUACCCACAAACUAAGACCUACUUCUCGCACUGGGGAGAUCUGAGCCCCCAGUCUCCCAAAGUGAAAAAGCAUGGUGCCGUCAUCUUGGGAGCCUUGGGAAAAGCUGUCAAGGGCAUCGACGAUCUCCCUGGCACUCUGGCCGCCCUCAGUGAGCUUCAUGCCUUCAAACUCCGGGUGGAUCCUGCCAAUUUCAAGAUCCUGGGCCACAACAUCGUUUUGGCCUUGGCCAUGUACUUUCCUGCUGACUUCACUCCUGAGGUUCACCUUUCCGUGGAAAAGUUCCUGCAGAACGUGGCCCUGGCUCUGUCUGAGAAGUAUCGCUAAAGUCGCACUGAUUGUGUGAACAAGGAGUUUUACCAUCCCACAUCCUCAACACUCUUUCAGACAUGUGAAGACACGUUCAAUUAAAAAAAAAAUACAUCCGA